AAAGGGCUUUGCACACAGCUCAAAUCUCUGAAUACAUCAGUGCGCACACCGGGGAACGGCCAUUCCAGUGCACUGUCUGGAGAAAGAGCUUUGCACAGAGCUAAUACCUGAGAAUACACCAGCGCAUUCACAGUGGGGAGCGGCUCUACAGGUGUGCUGACUGUGGCAAAUGCUUUGCUCACCUGUCCCCAGUUGACUCCCUAAUACCCCUCUGCCACCACCAGGGCCCGACGGGCUGCUGGCAGGCCUGGCACAGUGCCAGCAGAAUCAGACCAGGGAGUGGUCCUGUCCCCAUCAUGCCCAGCAGAGACUGUGUGGGGCAGGGAAUGGGACUUAACUGAGCAGUGUGGAGGAAGAGCAGCCAGGUGGGGGGAUUUUAGAGUAGAUGGUCACAACCUCCUCCAUUAGGAAAGGAGAUCCGUCUCGGAGGGAUCCAGCCAGGUCUAUCUCUAUCAAACUCCCCCCAACACAUAUAGCUGUGCGGCAGCCAGGACAAUCCUUCCCUACCCCUCCUCCAUCCAGAUGGGACUGAGUCAGGGACUUUCCCCCACAGCUACCUCCGUUUCAGCCAGCGGGUGACUCUUGGGUGACAUCUACAGGGAGGGAUUUGCAGUCCUGUCUCAGCAUGGAUUGAGCUGAGGGGCAGGACAGCUCAGUGCUUGAGACUGAAAGAAGACUCAGGAACUGCUCAUGCCGUCUACUUUAAAUAGAAAUGCGAUGCAGAACUAUGUACCUAAUGUGUAACAAAGGUCUGUCUAACCUGGUGUUUCUUUGCUAUUAAAGAAGCUGCUGCAUUCAGAAGCCAAUGUGAAGUGUAAAUCUUUAAGAUAAACCAGCCCAAAUGUACUAAGGCUUGACUGACCAUGAGGCCUGAUGAACUGUGUGACCGGCGGGUGCACACAGAGAGUUUUGCAUUACUCCUUGGGGAAUUCUAUGUCAAAAAAAAAUUCUGCACCCCAUAUUUUAAAAUUCUGCAUAUUUUAUUUGUCAAAAUAACACAAUAUAAUUGUGACAGGGCACCCCAUAAGGCUUUAUGGGGAUAUGCUUGUAAAUGUCUAUAUGACAUAACUGGAAUGUGUUUUAUGGUACAUGUGCCAUGUAUCAUAUCUCUGUAAAGGUUAUGAUCUAUUGAAUCUAUUCCUCCUAUCUAUAUGCAUGUGUCAUUUUUGUAGUUGAAGUUAUGAAUAUUGGCUGUGUACAUGCUUGAUUUCUGGGUAGCCUUGGUAAAAGUAUUUUGUCAGUUUUCUGAGAGAAGUCUAAUCCCAGUAAGUGCCCAAUCAAGAACCACUUAAGCCAACAGUGAUUUGGGAGACGCCAAUCCACUUCUGAGCUUUCCCAGGAAUGUGGUGUGACUGCUAAGGAACUCAGUCUUGCAGGGACAUGUGACUUGCCUGUUAGGAUAUAGAUAUUCAGGCCUGUCUGCAAAGGCCGGUACUUUAAGAAUUUAGGUGUAUUCUUAUCACUUGGCUAGUUCUAGAGGCAUAAAAGAAAGAAAGAAAGAAUCAAAAUCACUGUCUGCCAGUGUAAGGUCCUUCUCUUACUGUGACAGUCUGAGGCCCUGUUCUUAGGCGAAGGCCUUUGGCUAAGUGACAGAGGCAGUCAUAAGCUGGGAAGCGACUGGUCACAUCCUCACAUUGCAAACUAGUCACAUUGAAAUGAGGUGCUAUUGGGCUGUUCGGAAUACGAUCCUGUCUUGAUAGUGUCUGUCAGAGAAAGGAAAGUGCCUAGAAGAUGUAAAAGGACAUUUAGGUUGUUAGUUUUCUGUCUGGUAAGAACUCACUUACCAAUAGACACAGCUGGGAAACUCUUAUGUCUUUAUAGAUGUAGUUGUGAAAUCCUCACUUCUGUAUUGUUUUGUCAUUGUAGUUCCCACUUUGCUAUUGUUUAUUGGCAUGGUCUCUGUGAUUGUUUCUGUCUACUGUAUAAUUAAUUUUGCUGGGUGUAAACUAAUUAAGGUGGUGGGAUAUAAUUGGUUAGCUAAUCAUGUUACAAUGUGUUAGGGUUGGUUAGUUAAAUUUCAGUAGAAUGAUUGGUUAAGGUAUAGCUAAGAAUAUUACUAUAUAAAUAAUAACAGGAAGUUAGUUGGGAUUCGAAAAUAAGGAAAAAGGAACUUAGAUUUAAGCUUGCUGGAAGUUCACCCCAAUAAACAUCUAAUUGUUUGCACCUUCGGACUUCGGGUAUUGUUGCUCUCUGUUCAUGCGAGAAGAACCAGGGAAGUGGGAGAGUGAAGAAAUAAGCUCUCUAACAUUGCCCAUGUGACUCCAAAACUCCAUCUUGGAGCUGGAUUCUACACAGGGGGAGGGAGGGAAGGAGGGUGGGUGUCCACCCACAAGAGAAAGUCUAUUUAAACCCCUGGGAGACCCCUCCAUUUUGUGUUCAGCUGGCUAAAGAGAGAGCCUCUCCACCCCCAAGGAUACCUGAAAGAAACUGGAACAAGGGACAAUAACUAUAGGGGGGGUGAGUGACUGCUAGACCCAGGCUAGAAGGAGUCCAGUCUGUACAAAGAAGCUUACUGGUAGGGUUUUUAUCUAUAUUCAGUUUUUAUCACUGUAUUAGAGAUGGAUUUGCAUGUUUUAUUUUAUUUUAUUAGGUAAUUCACUUUGUUCUGUCGGUUACUACUUGGAACCACUUAAAUCCUACUUUCUGUACUUAUUAAAAUCACUUUUUACUUCUUAGCCCUGGUCUACACUAGGACUUUAGGUCGAAUUUAGCAGCGUUAAAUCGAUUUAAACCUGCACCCGUCCACACAAUGAAGCCCUUUAUUUCGACUUAAAGGGCUCUUAAAAUCGAUUUCCUUACUCCACCCCUGACAAGUGGAUUAGCGCUUAAAUCGACGUUGCCGGCUCGAAUUUGGGGUACUGUGGACACAAUUCGAUGGUAUUGGCCUCCGGGAGCUAUCCCAGAGUGCUCCAUUCUGACCGCUCUGGACAGCGCUCUCAACUCAGAUGCACUGGCCAGGUAGACAGGAAAAGAACCGCGAACUUUUGAAUCUCAUUUCCUGUUUGGCCAGCGUGGCAAGCUGCAGGUGACCAUGCAGAGCUCAUCAGCACAGGUGACCAUGAUGGAGUCCCAGAAUCGCAAAAGAGCUCCAGCAUGGACUGAACGGGAGGUACGGGAUCUGAUCGCUGUUUGGGGAGAGGAAUCCGUGCUAUCAGAACUCCGUUCCAGUUUUCGAAAUGCCAAAACCUUUCUGAAAAUCUCCCAGGGCAUGAAGGACAGAGGCCAUAACAGGGACCCGAAGCAGUGCCGCGUGAAACUGAAGGAGCUGAGGCAAGCCUACCAGAAAACCAGAGAGGCGAACAGCCGCUCUGGGUCAGAGCCCCAAACAUGCCGCUUCUAUGAUGAGCUGCAUGCCAUUUUAGGGGGUUCAGCCACCACUACCCCAGCCGUGUUGUUUGACUCCUUCAAUGGAGAUGGAGGCAAUACAGAAGUAGGUUUUGGGGACGAAGAAGAUGAUGAUGAGGAGGUUGUAGAUAGCUCACAGCAAGCAAGCGGAGAAACCGGUUUUCCCGACAGCCAGGAACUGUUUCUCACCCUAGACCUGGAGCCAGUACCCCCCGAACCCACCCAAGGCUGCCUCCUGGACUCAGCAGGCGGAGAAGGGACCUCUGCUGCAUGUGUUUCAAUGAUCACAGGAUCUUCUCCUUCCCAGAGGCUAGUGAAGCUUAGAAAGAAAAAAAAAACGCACUCGCGAUGAAAUGUUCUCCGAGCUCAUGCUGUCCUCCCACACUGACAGAGCACAGACGAAUGCGUGGAGGCAAAUAAUGUCAGAGUGCAGGAAAGCACAAAAUGACCGGGAGGAGAGGUGGAGGGCUGAAGAGAGUAAGUGGCGGGCUGAAGAGAGUAAGUGGCGGGCUGAAGACAGGGCUGAAGCUCAAAGGUGGCGGCAGCGUGAUGAGAGGAGGCAGGAUUCAAUGCUGAGGCUGCUGCAGGACCAAACCAGUAUGCUCCAGUGUAUGGUUGAGCUGCAGCAAAGGCAGCUGGAGCACAGACUGCCACUGCAGCCCCUCUGUAACCAACCGCCCUCCUCCCCAAGUUCCAUAGCCUCCACACCCAGACGCCCAAGAACGCGGUGGGGGGGCCUCCGGCCAACCAGCCACUCCACCACAGAGGAUUGCCCAAAAAAAAGAAGGCUGUCAUUCAAUAAAUUUUAAAGUUGUAAACUUUUAAA